GCCACCUUCAUAGCUUACAUGUGAUUCCUCUGCUUAUACAACCCAAUACUGGAUUUACUUACUUUGGCAAGAUAGCUGCGUUGUGCCCUGUAUUUAAUGUUACGUGUACUGUAACCCUGGGUCUUUCUCUGCAUCGCUGCCGUUGAACCCCCAAUCCUGCCCAUCUAAAACUCCUGCCUUUGUUUACCUGCCCCCCCCCCCGUAGACUCCCCUUACAUUCAUCCACAAUGAAUGUCAUCUUUAUUCUCUCAUUUCUUUUCACUCUAAUCUUAAAAACUGGGGCAAAACUUGCCCUCUGUCUAUAAAUUAUCAGUUGUCAGCCAUCGUUUUUCUCCCUGCUUUGGUAAUGGGGCAUCUUUCGAGUCUUUUCUGUGGUUCGCCUUUUGUAGUCAUUAAGCACUUGGCACGGUGGCUUUAGUAAGCGUUCACCCGGCAUUUCUUCCAAAUCAAAUACCUAUGAACUCUGAUUUGACCACGUAAUCAAUUUGUUACCUACACUUUAGUUCUUCUAUCCGGAUUUUCUGGACUUCUUCUGAUCUCUGCCCCUGGGACCUCAUUCGAGAUGCAGCGUAUCUCACAGCUCUUCCCCCACGGAGGAGACAGUAUCCUCGAUUUACCGUGGAAAUUUCUCACAAUAAGGAAAGUGUUCUUAAUUGUGAAUGAACAGUCUUUAAUAAUUUUAAGCCAAUUCUUUCCCCCUGAGAUCUUAAUGGUUUAAAAAAUGCUAGAGUUUAAGUUACGAUUAAUUUCUAAGAUGAGUGAGCUAAAGGAAGAAGGAAAGGAAGCAAGGUUUUUGUGCUGAGCAGGAAAUAGGAAAUGGUUCUCCAAGAAAAGCUCAACUGAAGUUCUUGUUGGGUUCGGAGCAGCUGUCCAAAAUGGGAAGUGAGACUUCGUUUCUCCUAGAAUCUGGAGCAUUAUCUUAAUUUCAGAUUUAGAGUUGGCUUAUUUAGGACUGUUGGACACACAAUUAUCUAAUUAUAAGCUUUGGUGAAUCAUGCAGAGUGUGGAAAGUGUAACCUGUCUGAUUUAUUAUGGGUGAUGAGAAUUGAAAGGUGUCCGUAUGUCCUUUUUAUCCAUUUCUAAAGUGCCUCUAGUUUAAAUCCAGUGUUUUCUUACAGUAGCAGUCAAGCUGGUGUUUGAGUUCUUUCUUUUUUCUAUCUUAGUUAAUGUGUCCUAUGUAAACAGCCUCUCCUUGAAUCUGUGGUCUUUACUGAACCCAGAAGGUACAUCGUGUAUUGAUGUUUUCAGAGAGUAAAAAUCAAUUUGGAAAUCUUUUUAACAUUAUUUCAUUACAUCAGAUUUUAUCAUAUGGAUGUAAGAUUACCACGUAUUUUUCCUUCAGACCCCCAAUAGAUAUUUUACAUAAUCAGCAUGUUAACUAUUAAAGUGUAUUACACAUGUACACUACAAAGAAAUAUAAAAUAUGUCAUCUGACUGUUCUUCCAUAUCUAAAACCAUUGGACGUUACUAGUUUUCUCAUUCACGGUGACAUAAGCCAAGUGGAAUCGUAAGCUCAAUUUGGUGGUUUCAAAGAAAGUAAAUCUUUUCUGUGGUUUCCCACCGUGUGUAUUGUCAGAGUGUGGUGGCUUUGCUUAGGCCUCCAUCUUGAACAGUGUGGCACCUUUCUUCAAAGGAAUUUAGUUGUAUUCCUUGAUUUCUGAGAAGACCCUCAGUGACAGAGCUGACUGGGCUCCAUUGUGUGCUGACGGCUCUUCUCUAAGGCAGCCAGUCGCUGUGAGCAGUGGCUUGCUUUCCAGCUCUAUUUAUGGCCUUGCAAGGGUGAAAGGGACACGGCUGGGACUCUCCAUUUACGGUCCUUGGAGGAGUCGAAAAGGGGUUGGGGUGUUCUUGGAGGCAGCAGCUAGACAUUGUGAGAUAAAAAUAAAUUGGCAGGAGAUGUUUGCAAUUCCAGUUCCAAUCCCUGCCAGGAGGGCAGAGGGCACUGGGAAAGGCGGGUUUGUAGAAAGUCCAGUGAGGUCUGCUGCCAGCAUUUGUCUCCUUCCAUUGGAAAGGCUGCUGACAGCACAUAUCCCAAAUUCAUUUCUGAUUUGUUCUAGAAAGUUUAGUGUUAGGUACUUGUGACUAUCCUUUACAAAGAGAAGGAAGGAGUACUUUUAAAGAGUGUAAUAUCAGAAACCUUCAUCCUUUAAGGUGUCAAUUAAGGCACCAGAAGAGAUUUCGAGAGGGAGAAUGAGGAAGGUGCUUAUGCAGGGGGUAGGCUGGCCGGUUUUAGGACGGACAGGUGAUGCUAUUCACUGCUCUCUUUAUGUCUGAGGAAGAUCAUAUGUGUCAUACAUUUAUUAUUCCUUUGCCCAUCUGGCUUUCUGGCAUCAAGGGACAGAUCCACAAAAUAUUUAAGAAACUGUCUUCUUGUGGUUUGUCAACUGUGAUUUAAAGAUACUGAGCUUUCACGGAGGCGCUAUAAAGAUUUUUGUGUUAUUUUCAUUUGGUGAGAACAGGUGAUAUCUUAUGGAAAAUAAUCUCAGGAGAAAUUCAUAAUCUGGAUAAUGCAUACACAUUACAUCUUAGGUGAACUGGUUUUGCACAGUUAGGUUAGAAAGCAUUUGGGAGCCACCUGAGAAAAAGGGUCUUGUCUCCAGAAAAUUCCAAGUGGAACCCACUAGAGUAGAAGGAACAACAGAAGGCAGAGAUGGAAUAGAGACUCAGUGUAACUAAACUAAAUUUGGAAGCUGGGACUAAGUCCUUCAUUUAUCUUUUGAAAUAUCAUGUAAGAUAGAAUAAGAUGUACCAUUAAACUAAGGGAACUGGGCUAGUAAUCAGAAAUAUGCCUUACAAGAUCAUGAAGAAAAUUGAAGGAUUGUGCAAGAUAAUAAAAUUAUCAGGUUUUAUCUUUGAACUUGCAUAAUGAUAUUUAUUUGCUGUGUGCCAUGAGGCAGAAAGAGAAGUGAAAUUGGUUUAGUUGGCAGUUUGAGCUGGAAAAUAGACUAGUUUUAUUGGCUCAUUUUUAGACAUAGGUAUUAGUGUGUUGUUUCUGUUUUUUUUUUUUUUAACUUUUAUUUAUUUUAAGUGUGUUUUUCCAGGACCCAUCAGAUCCAAGUCAAGUAGUUGUUUCAAUCUGGUUGUGGAGGGUGCAGCUCACAGUGGCCCGUGUGGGGAUUGAACCGGCAACCUUGUUAUGAGCACCGGGCUCUAACCAACUGAGCUAACUGGCUGCCCCUAUUGUAUUGUUUCUUGAUAACGGAUGUUUGAGAUUGGGAAUCUGUAGCGUUAUUGAUUUGCCCUCCUUUAGUAACUUUCCCAAAGACAGAAUGAGUUAGUAAGGAAUAUGGACUAUGUAAGUAGUAUGUUUUACUAGCUGAUUCGUUUAGGCAAUUGAUUUUAUCCCGUAUUCCUUCUUAAUCGAGAGUAAGGAAGGUGAUAUUCUUUGCUUUGGGAAUUCUUCUUUCUGUCUUCCCUUCCUCCCUUUCUCUAAAUUCUGGCACAACAGCAGCUCUUUCUCUUCUGUGGCAGGAGCUGGAGUCAGAUGGCAGCACUAUGGAGGAGUAUUCACAGGAGGACUGGGGAAACCACAGUCAGGAUCUCCAUGGCUACCCAACAGAUCAGGAAUUGGAUGAAAUACCUGUCACAAAGAGAACAUUAAAAAUAAAACAAGAAUCUUCUGAAGAAGCACAGAAGAGAGACAUCAUGCAGAAUAUUGUUCAGAUUUUGGAAUCAGUACAGUUGAAAUGGGAAGUGUUUCAGAGCUGGACAGACUUUUCAAGGCUUCAUCUUUCUAAUAAACUGGCCAUUUUUGGAAUUGGUUAUAACACCCGUUGGAAAGAGGAUAUCCGCUACCAUUAUGCUGAGAUCAGCUCCCAGGUGCCCCUGGGCAAGCGACUCCGGGAGUACUUCAACUCUGAGAAGCCUGAGGGACGGAUCAUUAUGACCCGUGUGCAGAAAAUGAACUGGAAAAAUGUUUACUACAAAUUCCUAGAGAUCACUAUUAGUGAAGCUAGGUGCCUGGAGCUGCACAUGGAAACUCACUGGAUACCCAUUGCCCACUCCAAACCAACCGGGGGCAACGUGGUGCAGUAUUUAUUGCCUGGAGGUAUUCCCAAAAGCCCAGGCCUUUAUGCCAUCGGCUAUGAAGAAUGUAUUGAGAGGCCCUCCUCACCCCACAUGGAGUCAAGUUCCCUGGACCCAGGAAAGGAGGGCCGGGUUGACUUGGAAACCCUCUCAGCACAAGCCUCCUUACAGGUGGAAAUAGAACCCACCCGAAUUAUCUAUUGCUACCUCGGGAUUGCUGAGGUCAGGACUCUGCAGCAAUGCUUAUUUUUACAUUUCCAAGCAAACACCAAAACCUUCAGCAAAGAUUGGGUUGGUAUUAAUGGGUUUUUGUCUCAGAACUGUAUUGUGGAUCCCGGAGUCUCCCCCAAAUCCAUCUACAUCAAGUUUGUGGAAGUAGAGAGAGAUUUUCUUUCCGCUGGCUCUUUAGUUGAGUGCCUGGAAAAAGCCAUCGGGUACCCCUUAAAAUUUAACAACUGAAUGUCAUCCUUCAUAAGGAUUGGGGCUCUUAACUCCCUCUUCUCUCACUUCUCAUUGCCCAGACUGUCCCUCAUCCAGAUGCUGCCAUCAGACUCAUCAUGGAAACUCUUUCCACGAUUGGGCCAGUACAACUUCUAAGGAAUCACAGUAGACUUUGAGCAAACACAACAGACCUCACCUGAAAAUGCUCAUUUUGAGCAAGCAAGAUAUACAGCGAACUUGCAUAGUGGGUCAGCUGUUUCUUUUUUAAAACAAAAAAUAAUUUUUAAAUGGAUAUUAGAGCCCUAAUAUAAACAAAUGUAGGUACAUUCCAUAUUGGACAAAACUUAUACUUUGAGUUUCAUAUGAAAUUGAAGAAUUGUAUUUUUUUCACAAUGUUUCAUUUUUACACAUCUCUAUGUCUCUAUAUAAGUAUUAUUUACAACCCUGAAUAAAUAAGCAAUAGAUAAUGGCAAGUUAAAUCUUGAGUCACAGUAAAUAAGACUGUUUUUCAAUAUCACCUUUAGCUACUAUUGUAUAUAAUUUAGAGUUUCAUUUUUUUCACCAACCAAGUGUUUUGCUAUUCCCAAUCAGUGUUGCCUGCAAAGACCUUUGUUUCUGUGAUGUACCAACUUUACGUUUGUGUUAACGUUUAAGCUUUUUUUAAAAAAAAAAAAUUAAAGUCAUUCCUGGCCUCUUG